AUGCAGCCACAGCCAAACUGGGGCCACGAUGAAGGCAACCAACAGCAGCAAGAGCAGCAGCAACAGCAGCAGCAGCAGCAGGCGGGUAGCAACGUGCAGCAGCCGAGGCACCAACACGAGCACACUCCUAGUCAAAAGCAGCAGCAGCAGCAGCAGCAGCAGCAGCAGCAGCAGCAGCAAAGUGAUUUCACUCCACAGUCCUCAUGGGGCCCCUUCAUACAAAGCUCUCCUGUUCUAGAUUACUACGGGGGGCCCCUCAGGGGCCCCCGACUUCUUCCUUUAUGGGAAGGGCCCGCCGAGUUGGUGGGGGCCCCCGUGGGGGUCCCCCCGGGGGCCCCUACAGGGGCCCCCAUGGGGGCCCCUACGGGGGCCCCUAUGGGGCCUCCUAUGAGGCCUCCUACGGGGCCCCCUACGGGGCCCCCUAUGGGGCCCCCUAUGGGGGCCCCUGGUGGGCCUCGUGGGGGGCCCCCUAUGGGGCCACCUUUGGGGGGCCCCCCGGGGGCCCCUAUGGGGGCCCCCCUGGGGGGCCCCCUUUUGUACCAAGUUGUGCUGCUUUUGAUGAACUGUGUGGGCUGCUGUGGGUGGGCAGCGAAGAUGGUUAUAUGA